AGACGGGCGGCACCUUCGAGUAUAAAGGAAGCUCUGAAUAAACAGGCGGCGCACACAAUCGUCUGCGGCCCCAUCGGCGCUGACUAUACCACUCUGGUCUACCUGCUUUCCGAACACCAUGAACACAUUCACCCUGCUCAUCGCCUGCCUCCUAGCGGCCGGUGCUCACAGCGCCGCAGUCGUCCCCUAUGUCGUCCCGCCCGCCGUGUCCCUGGUACACCAGCCCUUGGUUCACCACCCGCUGGUGCACCAGGCCGUCGUCAGGGCUCCCCUGGUGGCCCAGCACAAAGAGCUUGUGUACGUGCCGCACCACGAGCACGGAUACUCUGUCGAACACAACAGUGUGGUCCAUCCGAAGUCCACCGUCAUCCACCACGACCCUCUAACAGGCCUGCCGUACCAGCAGACCGACUUCCACCACGCCCCGGUGGUGACCGGCUCCCGCAGCUACGUGCACCAGAGCCGGCCGGGCUACGUCGCCGAGCACACCAAGACCUACCUACUCUGAACAUGCACCAAGACCAAACUAUUACCACUUUGUGGUAAUAUUUGGUCAUAUAUUGUGGUAUACAAUAUUGUGGUAAUACAUGUGGUAUUAUUUACUUUGUGGCUCGCCGAUAACAUUUUAUACCUCGGUCCCGUGGGCCGCGUCUUGCGAAUGAAUAAAUGUUGAUGUUUGCACCCAACA